AUAUAUAUAUACAUACAUACAUAUGUUAUCCGUCAUAUAUAUAUUAUAUAUGUAUGUAUGUUUAUGUAUAUAUAUUACUUGGUUUGCAAUAUGCAGAAAAGCCUUUCUUGCUAUUUAUUGACUUUAUAAUUUAAUACACAAGAAUUAAUAGCGAAGUUCCAUGUAAUUUGUAUAUUUAUUUUAUAAAUAAAGAUCUUUUACAAAAUUUUACAAAAUUAUUGAAAGUACUUAUAUUUUACAUUUCGCAAUUCUUUCAUUAGAAGCAAUUUUAUUGAAAUAAAAUAAAAAAUAUAAUACUAUUGCAACUUCACGCGGGUACGAUAAAAUGUGUGAAGCACGUUUGUAAACCGAUGUGUUUUCUCUUGAUUGGCUCAACGUGUUAUUACGUGUGCGAAACAGCGUGUUUGAUUUAAUAAAGUCAUUGGACUGCAAUGAUGACAAUAUAUUCUACUUAAUAAUUAUAAAGCAUAAAAAGUGUAUGGUAUACUGGAAAUAUUUUAUGCGGUUACGAACGAAGUAACUUGUCGGGUAUUCAACAUAUACAUUUUAUCUUUGUGAACUAACACAAAACUAUGAGACCUACUCAGAGAAGACAACAGGGUUUGCAAUACGGCAUUUAUUUGCUAGGAAUGCAAGCUCUAAACUAUGGUAUUGAUAAAAUUCCACCAGUUACUUUAAUUACAAUUAUUGCACAAGUUUUAUUGUAUGUUGGUUUAAUAAAAGUUCCAUGGAAUGCGGAAGAAGUAUGCAUAUCAGCAAUAAAAAUAUUUAAAUAUCGUGAUUGGAAUUCUUUCUUAAUAUCAAAUUUUGAACAUGAUUCAGACAUGCAUUUAUAUUAUAACAUGGUAUCUUUAAUCUUGAAAGGUUCGUAUUUAGAACCUAUGUAUGGAACGAUAAAUUUUGCUAUUUUAUUAGCUAUUCUUUCAUAUGGAUGCAGUGCUAUGUAUGUAGGAUUAGGAUAUGCUUUAAUGCAAUUAAGUGGAGAUUAUGGAUAUUACACGCAAUGCGCUAUUGGAUUCUCUGCUAUUUUAUUUGCAUUAAAAGUAAUUGUAGUUUGUGAGGAAUAUGAUAGAAUUCAAAAUGUUGGAGGACUCAGAGUUUCUAGUAAAAUUGCUGUAUGGGUUGAACUAAUUUUAAUUCAUCUUUUAGUUCCACAGUCUUCAUUUAGAGGACAUUUAGGGGGUAUUUUAGUUGGUUGUACAUAUUGUUAUACUUUUGUUGGUGAAAUGAUUGAUAACAUGAUAUAUGCCGUAACUGGUACUCCUAUUAUACAUGAAGAACAAUUUUAUAGAAGGCGCAGUUCAUUAUUUAGAUGAAUUGAAACUAUAAAUUUGAAAUGAUAUUAUUACUAGGAACUCUGAUAUUUAUCCUAAAGACAUUUAUUUACAAAAAAAAUUAUAUAGUUUCAUAUUGAUAUAACUUAAGUAUCCAACAAUCCAUUUUAGAAUUUACAAGAAGUUGAACAUUUAUGAAUAAUAAAACAGAAUCUUUUUAUUUUAUUGUAUAAAUUUUUAAAUUAAUAUACUAGUUUUUCAAUUAAAGGAUUAUUAAAAUUACUUAUAAAUUAC